AUGAUCAACGAAGAACUGGAAAGCAAUGUUGAUACAUCUAAGGAUGGUGUCGUGGGAACUGACCAAAUUUCUGUAAAUUUUUGGGGUCGGAUCGCAAAUUACUUCAACACCCACUACAAAGAUGAUCAACGAAGAACUGGGAAGCAAUGCAAAGACCAUUGCAACAAGAUGAAUCAAAAGGUGACACGUUUCAAUGGGUGUUACAAGCGAGUACAACAAGCACAUCACAUCGGUUGGUUUGAUGACCAAAUUAUUAAGAAUGCACAUGAGAUGUACAAGUCUGAAAAUAACAAUUUAAAAUUUCAGCUUGUAGACUGUUGGAGAUUAUUAAAAGAUGAGCCGAAAUGGAAUGUAAUGUACCAAUCAGAAGGUGUUAAGCGAGCGAAGGUGUCAAGAUCAGGGGCAUAUACUUCAUCAUCCAAUGUAGACAUCAGUGAUCAUAAAGUUCGUGAAGAGCGCCCUAUUGGCCAAAAGGCAACAAAGAGAAAGGGAAAGGGAAAGCAAGAUGAGCAACUUGCUACAUUUUAUGACAUUAAUCAAUGGAAAGCAAAUGUGUUGGAGAAAUUGGUGGCGGUACAAGAAAAAAAAGUAAUGGCAAAAUACAUGGAUUAUCUAUUCUUGGGCACAUCAAAUAUGACUCCUGAGCAAAAAAAAGAUCAUAAAAAUUUGGUAGCUCAUAUUAAGACUAAUAUUUUAAAUUUGUAA